AUGUCGCUGUACACCUACGUAGGCACGCCCAACCCCAACCUCAUCUGCUGCAUCUGCCGCACGCCCUUUACCGACCCCACUACCACACGGACAUGCGCACACACCUUCUGCUCCGAGUGCAUCCUGCGCGCGCUCUCGCACUCAUCCCUGUGCCCCGUUGACCGCUCGCCGCUUGCCCUGGAGGACCUGGGGGCGGCGGGGCCUAUCGUUCGGUCGAUGGUAGACGAACUCCCGGUCGAGUGUGUGCACCGUGCCGAAGGGUGUCUGCACGUCUGUCAGAGGCAGGAUCUGGCGACGCACCUGAAGGAGGGAUGUGCGUUUGCAGAGGUGCGUUGUGAGCUGCGGGGGUGCGAGGAAGUGUCAGUGAAGCGAGACGGGAUGAAGAAGCACUUGCUGGAAGCUCAUGGGCAGGAGGUGGAUGGACGCGAGGAAGGGAAGGAUCGGAAGGAGGGGCAGAAACAGGAUGAACUUGAAGACGAGACGUCAGAUAAUACAGAGUCGGAGACCCAACCUUGUCCACACGCCGCCCUUGGAUGUCCAUACACCGGGACGGGCCCUCCUACCUCCCACCUCGCCUCUUGCCCCUACGAAGCGCUCAAGGGCUUCGUCUCAGCACACACUGCGAGGAACGCCCUCCUCACUGAACAGAAUAUACUACUGCGCCACCGUGUUGACACCUUGGAGAGCGCGAUGCAGGUCAUGAGGAGGGAGAUGGGCGCUGUAAGGGCAGCAUUGGGGCCUUGGUACAAGACGGCUUAUCAUGGGGUGGUACUCCCCCGCUCAGCUGGGACGAGCAGUGAGCUGCCGGUCGGGUUGCAGCCUGCCAGUGCUGGGCCUUCUGGGGUGGUGGGUUUGGGCAUGGGAGGCGCGCCGGAAUUGGAGCACGCUCAGGUUGUAACAGGGACCUCGAUUGCACCGGACAUCUUCGCGCCGUACUUCCCGAUGGAAGAGAGCCUGCAGCCACGAGCGCCAAUGGGCCAUCGCACCUCCGCGAGCCUCGGUGGUGAGGGCGCUUACGGGCGUUCUGCCAGUGCUGCUGGCGUUAUCGCGCCUCUCGACCUUGGGACGACGCUAGAAGGGACGCUUACGGGCCUCAGGGAGAGUGUGGUGGGGCUCGCGGCGGGGGUGGACUCUGUAGGGAGGAGGAGUGAGAUCGCGAUCGCGAAUGAGACGCUGAGGUUGCAGGAGGAGCUGAUGUCGGUGCGGGUGCAGAUGAAUGGACUGAGGAUGCAAGUGCAUGGGAUGAUGAUGGAUCGGAACGCUGCUCUGCGGGGCGGGGAGGAGGGGGCGGUAUUUGGGCAGCAGCAGCAGUUUCCCGUGUACCCUGCACCUCGGGUGAACUUUGGAGUCCCGCCGUCGAUUACAAAACUAUAG